AUGCAGCUCCCCACCUUUUUCCUCACUAUUACCUUCUUCACGAUAGGCCAUGCUAAUGCAGCCUCGAUUCGUCGUCAAAAUGGCGGAUUUAGCGACUUCGUUACUGGAGCGGGAAGUGCGGUUUUUGGGAAUGCAGGAAGCGCAUGUUCCGUUGGUCGUGAUGAGGGCGAAUGUGAUCAAUUUGGGAGAUGCGUGCAGUUUAUUCCUCCGAAUGAGCAGAGCAUCUUGAACCAGGGACGAGAGGUUGAUGAAUGCAUCAAGGGAGGGCAGACUGGCACCUUGAAGGUUUAA